AUGAGUACUCCAUGCAAGCCUCAAGCCUGUGCCAUUCAAGCCUGUUUGACAAAAACUGGAUUUGACGAAAGUAAGUGCACUCAAGUCAUCGACCAGCUGUACGAAUGCUGUGGCAAAUUCUACCAAGAUAAAGGUACUGAUGCACGCACACCUUGCUGCCCCAUCCCAAGUUUAUUGAAACUAAAGCUGGAACAACGCAAUAAAGAGCCCUUGGACGCAAGACUGGUUUAG